AUGACAAGGAGAUGUUGUGAUGGAAGCAUCUCCCUCCCUCCAGGUGCUGUUCUUCUAGAUUUGGACCAGAGAACACUGCCCGGAAUUGCUCAUCAAGUUGUGGAAAAGUUGAUCAUCAGUGACCAGAUAAAGGCAGAGGACAGAGCCAAUGUGCUGAGAGCUUUACUCUUAAAGCACAGCCAUCCAAGCGAUGAGAAGGACUCAUUCUCAAGGAACAUUUCCGCUGCCAGCCUUGGCUCUCUGCUUGGACAUCACAGCACUAACCAUAUUUCUCAGAACAGCGAACCCAACUUGACUGACCCCCUAAUGGGUGGAGACCCCACAGACCAUGAGACCAAAAUCAACAUAGAUCGUGAGCGUGAAUCUCUUCCCUCGUUACCCUCAAUCCAACGCUCAAAGUCUAAACAUGAACUGAAACUCCUUGAGAAGAUUCCUGAUGCGGAGGCCAGCGUGGUGCUUGUUGGCUGUGUGGAAUUCCUUGACCAACCGACCAUGGCAUUUGUGAGGCUCCAGGAGGCGGUGGAACUGGACUCAGUCCUGGAAGUCCCCAUACCUGUCCGAUUUAUAUUUGUCCUGCUAGGUCCCAGCACAUCGAAUAUGGACUAUCACGAGAUUGGAAGGUCCAUAUCUACCCUCAUGUCAGACAAGUCGUUCCAUGAGGCUGCCUACCUUGCUGAUGACCGCCAGGAUCUUCUGAAUGCCAUUAAUGAAUUUCUAGACUGUAGCAUUGUGCUGCCUCCUUCUGAAGUGAUGGGAGAAGAACUCCUGCAUUCUGUAGCCUUGUUUCAACGUGAAAUGCUAAGACGACGCCAAGGCCAGGAGAAGAAGGUCUUGGAAGAGGUCCCUAUGCCACAAGACAAAGAUCUUCUCACAAAAGAAGCCGUGUCAGUUGGUGGUGGAGAUGAUCCUCUGCACAGGACAGGUAGACCAUUUGGAGGUCUUGUGCGAGAUAUCCAGCGGCGUUAUCCGAAAUAUGCAAGUGAUUUCCGCGAUGCACUGAAUGCACAAUGCAUGGCCGCUGUAAUUUUCAUCUAUUUUGCAGCCCUGUCACCUGCGAUAACCUUUGGGGGCCUUCUGGGUGAGAAGACGGGUGGUCUGAUUGGGGUGUCAGAACUUAUCAUUGGGACCUGUUUGCAGGGUGUGAUAUUCUGUCUUCUGGGGGCACAGCCACUACUGAUUGUUGGAUUUUCAGGACCACUGUUGGUGUUUGAAGAAGCCUUUUAUUCGUUUUGCUCAGCUAAUGGUCUGGAGUACUUGGUUGGCCGUGUAUGGAUCGGUGCUUGGUUGAUAGUAAUCGUGGUGGCCACUGUGGCCUGUGAAGGAAGCUUCUUGGUUCGCUUUGUCUCACGCUUCACACAAGAAAUCUUCUCGAUCCUGAUCUCCCUCAUCUUCAUCUAUGAGACUUUCUACAAGUUGUUCAAGGUCUUUCAGGAGCAUCCUCUCACUAACUGCAAGAACCUAACAGACUCUGAGGUCAUCAAUACGACCAAUCGCCUGCAACACAACGAGACGGAGAUCAUGGUGCCAACAAAUAUCACAGGACAACCAAAUACUGCUCUCCUCUCCCUGGUACUGAUGGCGGGAACUUUCUUCAUAGCUUUCUUCUUGCGAAAGCUGAAGAACAGUAACUUCUUCCCUGGAAGGGUGCGUCGUGUCAUAGGAGAUUUUGGCGUUCCAAUCGCCAUUCUUAUCAUGGUCUUGGUUGACUUCAGUAUAACUGACACUUACACUCAGAAACUGAGUGUUCCCGAUGGCUUCAAAGUGACCUCACCAGAAAAGAGAGGCUGGGUGAUCAACCCACUAGGAUCUGUGGAGGCCUUCCCAAUCUGGAUGAUGUUUGCUAGUGUUCUUCCAGCUAUUCUGGUCUAUAUCUUGAUCUUCAUGGAGACUCAGAUCACCACGUUGAUUAUAAGUAAGAAGGAGCGGAUGCUGGUGAAGGGCUCAGGCUUUCAUCUUGACUUACUGCUCAUUGUGGCAAUGGGUGGAAUAUGCGCACUUUUUGGGCUGCCCUGGAUGGCGGCUACAACUGUUCGCUCAGUCACACAUGCCAACGCAUUAACGGUUAUGAGUAAGGCUGUUGCCCCUGGAGAUACAAAAAUCCAAGAGGUAAAAGAGCAGAGAGUCACAGGACUGCUAGUGGCCACCCUAGUAGGACUUUCCAUCGUGAUUGGGGAUCUCCUGCGCAGGAUCCCACUGGCCGUACUGUUUGGGAUAUUCUUGUACAUGGGGAUCACAUCACUGAAUGGUAUCCAGUUCUACGAGCGCGUCCAACUCUUACUGAAACCGCCAAAGCAUCACCCUGAUGUGAUUUAUGUUAAGAAGGUACGCAGCCUAAGGAUGCACCUCUACACAGCGCUACAACUAGUAUGCCUGGCGGUCCUGUGGGCCGUGAUGUCCACUGCAGCCUCCCUCGCCUUCCCAUUUAUUCUCAUUCUGACGGUUCCUCUGCGGAUCUUCUUACUAAGGAGAAUUUUCACUGAUCGGGAGCUAAAAUGCUUGGACGCUGUAGACAUGCAGCCGAUAUUCGAUGAGCAGGAGGGAGUUGAUGAAUAUAACGAGAUGCCGAUGCCGGUCUAAGUCUUCCCUUUGCCUUGCAUAAUCUGACAUCAUGUCAGCCUCUUCAGGUGGACCCACAUAUGGAACUUUCAUUUCCCUGCAAUCAAGUGUCAAUGAAAAUUCUGGUGGAGGGAUUCUGCUCCUCAUGGGAGGGGCAUCAAUAGAUUCCACUCUGCAGAGGAGGAGCCACACCGGAUGCUUGUAAUAUGUAGACUGAUGCCUCUUGGGGACAUUCCUGUUACAUGAAUCUACAUACGACUCAUUUUUCGGAGGGUUAAGCUGCCCUCCUCCAUGGAUUCUUUCUUUAGGAGUGCUCGGGCUCCGGGUGGGAGAAUUUCUUCCCUGCGCUCCUGUAGUGACAAUACAGUCCGGAGAUCUCACGAUAUGUAUUAGGGACAGCAGCGGGCCAUGAGGAUACUCAGUAUUAUUACACAGAUGGUACAGCCACGAUCACAGAAGAUUCUAAAC